AUGAGUGAAUCCUUGUCUCAGCAGGCCAUAGGAUUCCUCAAUUCACUUGGUAUCACACAAUUAUCACGAUCAGAUCAUUAUAAUGUUACACAUUACGGUGAAAUGCAUAAUACAGAAAAUCUUGAAGAAAUAUCAAGGUUAAUUCAUGAGAAUCCAACAGAUUUUAAAAAACUAGUAUCCAUUCUCCGAAACAUCAGAGAUUGUGGCGAAUAUACCGAGUUUUUUGCUCUACUAGAAAGUAACGAUCUCCCGCUUGAUAUAUUCAUUCCUUUAUGUAUGAAAUUUAUAACGAAAGAAGAUAUAUUAGCUCAAAUAUCAUCAGUUUUAUAUGGAAUACUCCUCGGAUAUCGUCCUAUUCAACAUAAUUACAACGAAAUUUUGAUUCAGAAAGUAAUUCAUAACAUAAUUAAAGCGUCAAAUUCAGUAGAACUAAAGAAAGAUAUCACUGACGUCGACAUUUCUUACGUUUCCAUAGCAGAUGGCUUUUUUAGUGAAUUUUCUUCAGCAAUUUCAGCAGAUUUCAUCAAUAUCGCAACGCGUGAAGUAUAUACAGCCUUCAUAGAACUAUCUUUUAAGAUAGGAUCUACAAUGACAAAGCAAAUUUCACAAUACGUUCCAAAUUUAGAAGAAAAUGUCAUGAAAUUCAUACAAUCAGCAUUACAAAUAAGUCCAGAUUACGUUGCGCCUCAUGUUGUAUCAUUUCUUGUUGCAGACAACCUACCAAAGAACCAAAGAGUUCAAAAAUUUCGAGAAAAAAUUAUAGAAUCAACGAUGUACUCAUUACAAGGCUCAGAUUCAACGCUAACAUUGAUUUGUCAACACUUAACAGUCAGAUGUCCUGAUAGAGCAGCCAUGAGAGAGAUGAUUAGUCAAACAAUUAAAUCAUUUUUUAAUGCAAUACAUGAUAAACAGAAAUACACAUCAUAUCUCAUGAAAUGCAUCAAAUCAACUAAGAUGAGUCUAAGAAAUGUCUCUUUAGAAGUCCUUUCAGUGCUAAUUCCUUAUUUUGAUUUGAAUUUUAUAAAUGAAAUUACAGAAAUUUUGAAAAAAAUGACGACAGAAGUUCAUCCGAAUAUCAAAUCGCUGGCAAUCGGUGCAUUAUCAUCUAUUGUUGAAUAUACAGGUAACACAGAUUUCUUUGAUGUCCUAAAACACUCACUUUUGGAUGAAAAAGUUGUUGUAAGGAAAAGUUCUUUAAAUUUUUUGUCAAUUUUGAUCAAAAAAAUUAAUGAAGAAAAUUCGGAGAUACUAGAACUACUCAGCCAAAGAACAAGGGACAAAUCUCCUUUAAUAAGACAUGAAGCAAUCAAAAUGCUCUCAGAUUAUUUCACAAAAUUCAUUUCGGAAAAAACUUUUUUCGUUUUUUUGGAUUCUGUUUUGCCAAGAGUUUUAGAUGAUGAUAAAAAGAUUGUAACAUUCUCAACUCAAAUGAUUGAGACCCAUUUCCUUAGUGACAUCAAUUUGUCGAUGAAAUAUUCGAGUGUUUUUGAUGAAAACAUUGUUGAAAAUUUAAGAAGUUCUUUGCAAAUUAUUAAAACAAAUUCACAAAAACAAAUCAAGAAUUUUGCAAAGUUGAUUUCAAAGAAACUUAAUGGAGAUGUUGAUGGAGGCUUCUGGGCUUUGGCAGAUGUGAUAAGCGAGUUCGAAACUAAGCAAUUCAACAAAGAUUUGUUAAAAGAUCUCUGGCCAAAAAGACUCUCAAUUUCACAUCACUUUUUGUCAAUUUGUUCGAAGCAUGCAAACAAAACAUGGAUCAAAGAUGCUAUGAAUGAUGUUACUAAUAUAUCCAAAGGUAAUUUGACAUGUAAUUACGGACAUAUCAAAUAUUUGGUGGAAAUUUCUGGUUCCGAUAAAGAAAAUACGAAAAUUUUCAGAAAUUUGUUCAAAAAGUGUCUUGAAAAGAACAUAAAAGAUAAUGAUUGCAUUGUUUACUUGGUUGGCUGCUUGUCAUCAUAUUUCACUCUUGAAAACAGAGAUGAAAUUAAUCCAUUGAUUGAUAUUUGUUUCGACAAACAAAUUGACAACAAAAUCAGAUCAAUUGGAAUUUUGUCACUUGGAAAAUGUCUAUUAACAAAGAAAGAAGUUGCUCAAGAUGUAAUAAUUUUGUUAUCUAAUGAUUUGACUUCUGAUUCUCAUUCAACAAUUAAAAUGAAUGAAAUAACUGCUUUGUCAGAUUUAUUAAUCAAAUAUGGUACUUUCGCAAGCGUUUUUAUUGAUAAUGCUUUGAAGUUAUUGAUUGAUGGAGAAGAUAUUGUUAAAAGACAUGUUCUUGUAAUGAUAACACGCUUAGUAACAGAAGAUUACAUCAAAGUGAAAUCGAAUUUAUUUUUCAAACUUUUGAAGAGUUUGUUAGAUGAAAAUCCAAUGAUUUCUAACUUUGCUUCAUCAUGUAUCUUUGAUCUGAUUGUUCCCAAAUCAUCAAAGAUAUUACUAUUUCUCUCAGAUGCUGUUUCAUUUUACAAUUCUCCUGAUGUCGGAAUUUUCGGAGUUAAUAUUCAAGAGAGGAAGAAAAUUUAUGAUUUUUGUGUCGACAGAAUGACUGAUAUCCAAUGCUGGUCAACAAUACAAACACUCUGCUCUAAAUAUAUUGAUCAUCACAUGACUGUUGAUACAUCACAUAUGAGAGAUAGCUUGACAAUUAUUGGUAUUUGUUACCAAGCAAUUAUUUCUAGAAGUUCAACAUCAAAAAGUGAUAAUUUGAAUGAAACCGAAUCACAAGAACUUAGUUCUUCACAAGAAUCAAGGAAUGAUGGAAGAGAAAGUAUCCAGAAGUUGUUAGUUAUCAUACAACAACAGAUUAUCAAAGUUUUGUUACCGAAAAUGAUUGAUUUACAUUAUCAUUUGAGGUCAACAAAUUCUCCAUUGCAAGGCGAUUUAAAGAAACUAAUGUCACUUAUUGUUAGAAGUGAUUCAUCUUUCUUGCAGUACAUAGAAAUGAUUGAUAAAACACUUAGUAAUGAAUUGAAAAUUUAUCUCCAAAGAACUCCAGAAAAUGAAGAUCCGAGUUUGCCUCCUUCUCCUUCGGUUAGAAGAGUCUUCUCUUCAUCUCUUUUGACAAGAUUAGCAGCAAGAGGAUCCCCUGCAAGACAGACAACAAACUCAACACCAAGUAGAUCUCAAACACCAGAUGAUUUUUCAAUUUUGCUCAAGAGAAUGCCAAAUUUAGACGAAGAUGAGUGA